AUGUGUCCCCCGCGCCCCUGCGCCACGCGGCUCGCGCUCCUGGUCGCGCUGCUGAUCGCUUCCCCCGGGGCCCUGGCCGAGGCUCCGCACCUGGUGCGCGUGGACGCAGCCCGCGUGCUGCGGCCCCUGCGGCCCUUCUGGAGGAGCACCGGCUUCUGUCCUCCACUGCCACACAGCCGGGCUGACCAGUAUGACCUCAGCUGGGACCAGCAGCUCAACCUGGCCUAUGUGGGCGCCGUCCCUCACAGUGGCAUCGAGCAGGUCCGGACCCACUGGCUGCUGGACCUCAUCACGGCCAGGGGGUCGGCUGGGCAGGGCCUGAGCUACAAUUUCACCCACCUGGACGGGUACCUGGACCUUCUCAGGGAGAACCAGCUCCUACCCGGCUUUGAGCUGAUGGGCAGCCCCUCUGGACACUUCACCGACUUCGAGGACAAGCAGCAGGUGUUUGAGUGGAAGGACCUGGUUUCCCUCCUGGCCAGAAGAUACAUUGGUAGAUAUGGACUUGCCCACGUUUCCAAGUGGAACUUCGAGACGUGGAACGAGCCGGACCACCACGACUUUGACAACGUGUCCAUGACCACACAAGGCUUCCUGAACUACUACGAUGCCUGCUCCGAGGGUCUGCGUGCCGCCAGCCCCACUCUGCGCCUGGGUGGCCCUGGCGACUCCUUCCACCCCCCGCCACGCUCCCCACUGUGCUGGGGCCUCCUGGAGCACUGUCACCACGGCUCCAACUUCUUCACCGGGGAGGUGGGCGUGCGGCUGGACUACAUCGCCCUGCACAAGAAGGGCGCGGGCAGCUCCAUCUACAUCCUGGAGCAGGAGAAGGCGGCGGUGCGGCAGAUACAGCAGCUCUUCCCGAGGUUCGGGGACACCCCCAUUUACAACGACGAGGCGGACCCGCUGGUGGGCUGGUCCCUGCCGCAGCCGUGGAGGGCCGACGUGACCUACGCGGCCAUGGUGGUGAAGGUCAUCGCGCAGCACCAGAACCUGCUAGUGGCUAACGCCAGCUCCUCGGUGCGCUACGCGCUCCUGAGCAACGACAACGCCUUCCUGAGUUACCACCCGCACCACUUCUCGCAGCGCACGCUCACCGCGCGCUUCCAGGUCAACGACACGCGGCCGCCGCACGUGCAGCUGCUGCGCAAGCCGGUGCUCACCGCCAUGGGGCUGCUGGCCCUGCUGGACAGCGAGCAGCUCUGGGCCGAGGUGUCGCAGGCUGGGGCGGUGCUCGACAGCAACCACACGGUGGGCGUCCUGGCCAGCGCCCACCGCCCCGCGGGCCCCGCCGACGCCUGGCGCGCCACGGUGCUGGUCUAUGCAAGCGACGACACCCGCACCCACGCCAACCGCAGCAUCGCCGUGACUCUGCGCCUGCACGGGGUGCCCGCGGCCCUGGGGCUCGUCUACGUCACGCUCUACCUGGACAACCGGCUCUGCAGUCCCUACGGCGAGUGGCAGCGCCUUGGCCGGCCUGUCUUCCCCUCCGCACAGCAGUUCCGGCGCAUGCGCGCGGCCGAGGACCCGGUAGCCUUGGCGCCGCGCCCCUUCCCCACCAGCGGCCUCCUGACACUGCGCCCCCGACUCCCGCUGCCUUCGCUGCUACUGGUGCACGUCUGCGCGCGCCCCAAGGAGCCUCCGGGCCAGGUGACCCGGCUUCGGGCUCUGCCCCUGACCCGUGGGCAGCUGCUUUUGGUCUGGUCGGAUGAGCACGUGGGCUCCAAGUGUCUGUGGACCUAUGAGAUCCAGUACUCCCCUGAGAGUGAGGGAUAUGCUCCCGUCAGCAGGAAGCCAUCAACCUUCAACCUCUUCGUGUUCAGCCCAGACACGGCUGUCGUCUCCGGCUCCUACCGGGUUCGAGCCAUGGACUACUGGGACCGGCCAGGCCCCUUUUCAAACCCUGUGCGGUACCUGGAGGUCCCUGCACCGUGAGGGCCACCACUGCUCAGUGAUGGAGCCUGUGCUGACCAGCGGACCCAGUGGCCAGGAGCCGAGACUGUGGCCAGCAGCAGAAAAGGCCAGCAGUGUCCAGUGCGGGCUGUGCCCCUGCGGUCAUCCUCCUUCCGUAUCGGGGCCCAGAAGGAAACAGAUGGCAUUCACAGAGGAGAACGUUUCGGGGAUGUUCAUACAUGGGAUCUGGCCUCCUGCUCGGUCAAGGGCUCUGGCCCCGUGAACGGGCUUAGGUCUGGGAUGGGACAUGAGGCUCCGAGCCUUGCUGUGACAGGCUGUGUCGGAGAGCUGCCCUCCAGACCCGCGAUGUCGCCACUGCGUGUGCUCCAGGCAGCACUUGGGCAGCUGCUCACCUGUUCCUUCCUUGGGACCUUGCAUGGGAUGGGUCAGCUCGUGUUUGCCGAGGACCCUGAGGGUCUGUUGCUCCAGAAGUGCCCGUACUGCUGGUCCCGGAGCACGCACGGGUCGCAGCGGGCCUCCAGCUGUGCAGGGAUGCGGCUGCAGGCCGAGGUGGCCGCAGCCACCACACCUGCAGGGCUCUGUGGUGUCUGA